GGGCGGGGCGAGCGCUGAGGUGAAGCCGCACCCCUCUCCGGGCGCUGCCUGAGGGGGGCUGAGGCGAUGGCGGCGGAGCCCGGCCCCGACCCCGGUCCCAACCCCUUCUCCUUUCACGAAUUCGUGCGCAGCCAAGCCCGAGGUGCCCGGGGGGGGCUGCUCCCGGCCUCCGGCGACGAAGAGGAGCAGGAGGAGGACGAGGAAGAGGAAUGGGGCGGCAGCUACCGGCCCUGCGCCGUGGAGCGGGCCCACCUCGCCGCCGGCCCCUUCUGUGAGGGUCCCCUCGGAGCCCCCCCCCCGCCGCCCGGCUACGAGGAGCUAAAAGAAGAGAACGCCAGUUUGAGAAGCAGGAUCAAUAAGCUUCAGAUUCUCUCCGAAACUCAAGCAGACAAGAUGAGGAAACUUGAAAGAAAGCUUGAGGAAAACAAAAUUAAAGAAGAGAAAGAAACGCAGGACUUAGAAGCCAUGGUGCAGCACGUGGAACAAAAUCUCCAGCUGAUGACAAAACGGGCUCUUAAAGCAGAAAACAGUGCUGCAAAACUGAAACAGGAAAAUGCCUUACUGCAGGUUCAGCUGAAGAACUACAAGGCAGGAGAACGAAGCGCUUGAGGUCGGGGCAGUCGGCGAGCCUGGCUGCGGUGAAGCAGAACGCCGAGGCUGCCUUCCAGAACCUUCUCACGGUCAUUGCGAACUCGCGGUCUGCAGUGAGAAACCCCCGCCCUGGUGCCUUACCCUCCUCUCCCAUCUCACGCUGCAGGCAGCUGGUGUCGGGAGCGGAGUCGCUGCAGCUGGUGGCCGAUCUCCUCAAGUCCAUAGACAGCAUCUCCGAAGUGCCCGAGGACGGACAGUGAAACUGCCGGGGGAGGACGGGGCCUCGCUGCGGAACUGCGGCCCCACCGGGACCAGAACCGGGACCGGGACCAGAACCGGCACCGGGACCGGCUCCUGCCCCCCGCCCUCACCCCCCUCCCGCAGCGGGCGGGCGCUAGGACCCAGCUCUGCUCCGGGCUGCUCCGCCUCGCGUCCCAUUGGCUGCCCGCUGCCACGUGCCUGGGCUCAGCUGACCGCGGCGCUGACUCCGAUUGGCUGACGGGCGAGAGGGGCGGGUUCGGAGCGGCCGCGGCCUGGUCCCGGAGCAUUCGGGCUGCGGCCGCCGCCAUGUCCGGACGCCCCGCGCCGCCUCCCGGCAGCUAUGGAGCUGGAGGCGGAGCGGGAGAAGAUCCGCAGGGAGAUCGAGGAGCUGGAGCGCAGCCUGCAGCCCGCCGGCAGCGGGCUGGACGUGUCGGACUGCAGCCUCGGCUCCGGUACGGGCCUCCGGGCGCUCCGGGCCCGCCGUGCCCGCUGGCGUCGGUGCGAGGAGCCGCUCGCACAGGCUCCUCAGGCGGUCCCGGCGGAGGGCAGCCCGCUGGCACCACCGCUCCGCUCGUUUCUGUAACGAAACCCGCGGCAAACGCUCGAGGGAGGCUCGGAGAACGGCCCCGACCCCUCCCGGAGGCGUUCAGGUAGGGCACGAGCUGCCUUGUGAAAUGCGGCCACCCACCAGCCGCUGGCACGGUUAAACCGGCCGAUUCCCCGCUCUCUGAACGGACCACGUGAACCCCACUGCAUCAUUCCACUGCUCAGCCUGGCUGUGCUUCCUAAAAUCAUUUUUUCAAAGCAAUAAAGGGGGCAAAUUAAAAGCUCUGGUGUCAGUACCUC